UUAUCACCUUGUGCACAACGUUUUUCGUUUUGAAACAGCAUCAGUCAACAAUCUUUCAGAAAUAUUAUAUAGAAAAGAGAUAAUUAAAUCGGCUAAGAUUCAGUUUACUAGAACUUCUGGGUGUGAAUAUCAACUCAUUCACUACUGUGUGAUGUGAAUGAAUGGCGAUGUAAACAAGUCGAGUCUAAGAAUGCCACUUGCUUUGGUGCGGUGUAACAAAUCGAUAUAAUGUGCAGCAUGACUAACUAAAAGAAAUCCCAGGGGAAAACCACUUGGCACAAUAUGAAUUAAUUAUCAUAAAUUAAUUAUCAUAAAACCGCUCAUCAAUCAAGUUUGUAAAAUAACUCGUCUCCGUUGUAGAAAUUGUUUCGUUUUAUUUUUAAAAACUUACAUCAAUCGGGGAUUCCCACUCCGAGCAAGGUUUAUUGCAAAAUGCGUAGGUAGAAAUAUUCGGGCUAGUCCUAUAAAACACACGUUUCCUGGUCAUAUAAUAGAGUUCCACCACAACGAGAUGGGCUGAAACAGUCACGACAAAACUGGCAUUGUCAGCAACAGGACACAGCAGGAAUAUUUUCUGUCGAAGGAUAUAUUUACUCCGGGUGACGCUAAAACGAUGAGUUGGGAAAGUAACGCAAUUGUACCUGCAGUAAACAACCCACUUGAUAGGACAGACAGACGGACAUCAGUGAGCACAACAUCACUUUAGAAUCAUAACACAGAUUGCGACUUUCUCCGCUGACGACGCAGUUAAAAGGCAUUGACUAGGCUCGCUCGUUUGCUUUGAAGCUGCAGUGGUCGACAAACAGUAUAGAUUAGGCAGAAUGGGAAAUGCUAAGUACCUGCCGAUUAUCCUGACUCUCGUAAGCACGUUGCUGGAAAUCACAGCGACUUUGGUGACGAUCCACUCGCCCGGAGGCCACGUAGGAGAGGAAUUUAACGUUCACUGCAUCGUGAGGAACCACGAUGGGUUGGCAGAGUUCUUCCGUUACAAGGAGGACGGGACAAUGGGAUUCAUCCCCAAUGGUAAUGCAACAAAGUACGGGGUCUUUCGGUGUGAUAAGACAGAGGGUGGCGUCAGUGGAGAAGACUCUGUGCUGACUGUUAUUAAGGCUACGGUUUCAGACAGCGGGAAGUACGGGUGUGUGCCUAGAGACGUGGACGGUGGAUUCAAAUGGGAUGACAAGGCGCUGAUCAACAUCACGGUCAGAUCAGCAUGCUCAGGGGCGGACGACAAAAGACCGUCGUCAUUAACAACAGACACAAACCAAGACGCAGGGUACGAUAAGAAUAAACAAUUGCGAACGGAUGGGAUCGUUGAACAAAGCUCACAGUCGCCUGUUGCAGUAAUUUUGCUAUCAGUGGGGUUCGCAGUGUCGACAUGUGUCGCAGUGGUUUUAUUUGUGAUGCUGUACCGUGAACGAAGGCAUAGAGCCAAUAGGGCUAUUUAAGGUUUGUACACAUGUAGUUCUGUAGUUAAUAUUCAUUUGGUCCUCGACAUUAAAAGCACUACAGACACUUUUAGUAAUUACUCAAAACAAUUAUAAAGAGCAAU